ACGUCAUCACGCCGGGUUGAAUGAAGCGUCAUCCUAGCCGAUGUAGAGCGGCACGGCGGCCUUUCUCUGCUGCUCUACAUUUUCUCUAUCUCUCCACUUCUAUCCUGUUGUGUUAGCUCUUAAAUGUACUCCAACAUGUCUCGACACUCACCACUUCUCGCCGCAUGUGUGCUCCUCUUGGUUGCUCUCAGCUCCACAGUUUCAGCUGAGGGUUUAGUGAACGAGGAGGUGAAGAGGACCGUAGACCUGAGCACUCAUCUGGCUAAGAUCACUGCGGAGAUCGUGCUGUCUAACCAGGGACACUCUGCUGUAAAUAGCUUCAUAUUAGCGGUGGAGGCUGACCUGGCCCCGCACCUGGCACACAUCGGAGCUUCGGUGAAGGGUGACGAAGAGGAGGAUGGCACACUUGAGCUCCAGCAGACAACAAUUCAGGACCAGAGUGGGGAGUUCUACAAAGUCCAGCUGCCCUCCAGCCUGGCACCAGGUGCUCAGCUGAAAGCUAAAGUGGAGAUGACUUACAGUCAUGUCCUGAAGCCCUUCCCCUCGCACAUCACCCAGGCUGAGCGCCAGCUGGUGGUCUUUCAGGGGAACCACUACAUGUACUCCCCAUACCCCACCCGCAGCCAGACCACACGUGUUCGCCUGGCCUCCAAGACCAUCGAGAGCUACACCAAGCUGGGUAACCCCAGCAAGAACGAUGAGUUUAUCGAGUACGGACCCUUCCGGGAUGUGGCCGCGUUCAGCGAGGAUUCAAUGAGGAUCCAUUAUGAAAACAACACACCCUUCCUUACCAUCAGCAGCAUCACUCGGACCAUUGAGGUGUCUCACUGGGGAAACAUUGCAGUGGAAGAAACCAUUGACCUGAGGCACACCGGAGCUGUCCUGAAGGGGCCUUUUUCACGCUAUGAUUAUCAGCGUCAGUCAGACAGUGGCAUCUCAUCUGUCAAAUCCUUCAAGACUAUUCUUCCUGCCUCGGCCCAGGAUGUCUACUACAGAGAUGAGAUCGGCAACAUCUCCACCUCCCAUCUGCAGGUUCUGGAUGACUCAGUGGAGGUGGAGGUCAGGCCUCGCUUCCCCUUGUUUGGAGGCUGGAAGACCCACUACAUCAUUGGCUACAAUCUGCCCAGCUACGAGUACCUCUACACCCUGGGUGACCAGUAUGCACUGAAGAUGAGACUAGUUGAUCACGUGUAUGAUGAUCAGGUCAUCGACUCCCUGACUGUGAAAAUCAUCAUGCCAGAGGGAGCCAGAAACAUCCACAUGGACACACCUUACAAAAUUGACCGUAUGCCAAACCAGCUGCAUUACACAUAUCUGGAUACCUUUGGUCGACCAGUGCUGGUGGCCAGCAAGAACAACCUGGUGGAACAUCACAUUCAGGAUGUUGUGGUCCAUUAUAACUUCAACAAGAUCCUGAUGCUGCAGGAGCCUCUCUUGGUUGUAGGAGCCUUCUACAUCCUUUUCUUUACUGUCAUCAUCUAUGUACGCCUCGACUUCGCCAUCACCAAGGAUCCUGCCGCUGAGGUACGCAUGAAGGUGGCCUCCAUCACGGAACAGGUGCUGACUCUGGUCAACAAGCGCCUGGGGCUGUACCGACACAUGGAUGAGGUGGUCAACCGCUACAAGCAGUCGCGGGACACGGGGGCUCUAAACAGCGGGCGGAAGACUCUGGAAGCCGACCACCGCACUCUAACCAAUGAGAUUAGCUCACUGCAAGCACGCCUCAAAGCUGAGGGCUCUGACCUGGCUGAAAAGGUUGGUGAAGUGCAGAAGUUGGAUGGCCAGGUGAAGGAGCUGGUGUGUCGCUCCUGCCAGGAGGCAGAGCGGCUGGUGGCUGGGAAGGUGAAGAAGGAUGCUUACAUCGAGAGUGAGAAAACUCUGACCAGCAAGAGACAGGAGCUCGUGAGCCGUAUCGACAGUUUGCUGGACGCCCUCUAAACUACAUCUGCCACUGCUUAGUGCACACACACACACCCACACCCACACCCACACACACCCACACACACACACCCACACACACACACACACACACACACACACACACACACACACACACACACACACACACACACACACACACACACACACACACACACACACACACACACACACACACACACACACACACACACACACACCACCCUGCUACAAAAUAUAGCUGGCUACUUGUUCGUGUGAGAAUAAAUUCAAUGUGACUCAUGCUUACACAUUAUUAUUACUUUUUUUUUUAUCAACAAUGAACCCAGACAUGGACUGUUAACAUCUCUUAAUGUCAGUGAUGGGUUUAUCCAAACACUUGUGCCUUUGUGCCUUGUGAUAAACUCGAGGUCACUGCGUGCCCGGCUCUACAGCAGCUACAUCACAGCUUCUGGCGUUUUGUUUUUCAGUUUGUUGAGCUACACUUACAUCUUUGUCAUACCUUGCUCAGACGUGACAUUUUCUACUUUUUCUUUUCCAUCUUCCUCAGUUUGUACGGUUAUGGGAAUUUCUUUUUAAUUUUAAAUAUUAGCUGAGGGGCCCAAGUUUUUUCACUCAUGUCUUUGCUCACAUAUGCCGUAUUCUAUGAUUCAAUCAUCUUUAGUUCACAAGGAUGAAAGUCUCUCAAUCUUAUCCCUUUGCACUUACUGUUUUCUACUCGGCCCUGAUUGUUUUUAUUUGAACAAAUUUGAAGCUGUGAUUCUGUGUCAUCCCAAACGUUCUUUGUUGAUGUUAAUCACAUAUUUUCUACAUUUUUUAUGAUUAUUUUUGUUUGUUUCGUAAGUGUCAUUUUUUUUUUACCAUGAGAUUACUGAAUACAUUAAGAGAUUAGGUUGUAUGUGAGGAAAGACAUGGGAGACAGGACAUAGAUGUUUGUGAAAUGGGCAAUGAUAUGAAAAGCUGUCAAAUUUGGAAUAAAGUUUUGAGAAACUGA